CCCUAGUUUCACAGUUGUUAUCGAUAAGCCAAAACUGUAAGAAAAACGUGCGGUGUCGAAUUAAAUUUUGCUAGGAUUUUUUAAGUGAGCAAAAGGUUCACCCAUUUAUCAAUUGUCAACGAAAAACUACAACUGGUACAAAGAAAAAAAAAGCAGCCAGCGAUCGCCAACACAGUUCCGCCCCCCCUCGAAAAAUCAAAAACAAAAAAACACAACGAAUCAAACAAGAAGCGGUUCAUCAGGAAUUCUAUUUGGAAUCGGAAAGCGUUCAGCUUCAAGAGAAACAGAAACAUGUCCGUGAUUGGCAUCGAUUUUGGCAACGAAGGCUGCUAUGUGGCGGCAGCCAGGUCCGGCGGCAUUGAGACGCUGGCCAAUGACUACAGUCUUCGGGCCACGCCCUCUUUUGUGGCCUUUGAUGGAAAGAAGCGCAUCAUUGGCGUGGCGGCCAAAAACCAACAGGUGACCAACAUGAAAAACACAGUCGGCGGAUUCAAGCGCCUGCUCGGACGCAAAUUCAAUGAUCCGCACGUGCAACACGAACUCACGAGCAUUCCAGCGCGCGUGGAGGCGCGCAGCGACGGCAGCAUCGGCAUCAAGGUCAACUAUCUGGGGGAGGAUCAGCAUUUCGGGCCGGAACAGCUGACAGCGAUGCUGUUCACCAAGCUGAAGGAGACCUCGGCCGCCGCCAUGCAGACCCAGGUGAAUGACUGUGUCAUCGCCUGUCCGGUGUUCUUCACCAAUGCGGAGCGACGAGCUCUCCUGGAUGCCGCCCAAAUCGCCGGCCUCAAUGUGCUCCGGCUGAUGAACGAGACGACAGCGACAGCACUGGCCUAUGGUUUCUACAAGAACGACCUGUUCGAGGACAAGCCACGCAACGUGGUCUUCAUUGAUUUUGGGCAUUCGGCACUGCAGGUCAGUGCCUGCUCCUUCACCAAGGGCAAACUGAAAAUGCUGGCCAGCACCUGGGAUCAGAUUGGUGGUCGGGACUUUGAUCUGGCCCUGGCCGAGCACUUCACCAAGGAGUUCCAGGAUCGUUACAAGAUCAAUGCCAAGACCAAUGCUCGCGCCAAUCUGCGCCUCCUCACCGAGAUCGAGAAGCUGAAGAAGCAGAUGUCCGCCAAUAGCACCAAACUGCCGCUAAAUAUUGAAUGCUUCUUGGACGAUGUCGACGUCUCUUCGGCCAUGCAGCGCUCCCAGAUGGAGGAGCUGUGCGCCCCCGUCCUGCAGCGCGUCGAGCAGACCUUCAAGCGGCUCCUAGCCGAGUCCAAGCUGCAGCUGGACGACAUCAACUCGGUGGAGAUUGUGGGCGGCAGCUCUCGCAUUCCAGCAGUCAAGCAGCUUAUCGAGCAGGUCUUCAACAAGCCGGCUAGCACCACUCUGAACCAAGACGAGGCUGUGUCCCGUGGCGCUGCCCUCCAGUGCGCCAUCAUGUCGCCGGCUGUGCGUGUCCGCGAGUUUGGUGUCACCGACAUCCAAAACUAUGCCGUUAAGGUGAUGUGGGAUGGCGAGGGCUCUGCCGCUCCCGGAGAGAUUGAGAUCUUCCCCCAGUUCCAUGCCUCGCCCUUCAGCCGACUGCUGACCAUCAACCGCAAGGGGCCGUUCAACGUUUCGAUCGUUUAUGGACAGCAGGUGCCAUAUCCCGAUCAGACGAUUGGCGUCUGGAAGAUCAAGGAUGUGAAGCCGACCGAACGCGGCGAGGGUCAGGACGUCAAGCUGAAGGUUCGCAUCAACAACAAUGGCAUCGUGCUGAUCUCCUCGGCCACUCUGGUGGAGAAGAAGGAGGCUGAUGAGGCUGCAGCUGCUGCCGAGCAGGCUGGUGGCGAGGAGAAGCCCAACGAGCAGGCUGGAGGGGCCAACAAUGGCGGUGAGCCGACCGAUGGCCAGCAGGAGGCAUAUUGUGAGAAUGAGGAUGAUAAUAAUGCAUCAACAGCCUCAUCGCCUGGCGGACAAGGGUGGGCACAGCGGGUCAAGGGCUGGUUUGGUUCGGGCGCUGACAAGAAGAAGAAGAGCGCCAAGGCCACUGAACUGCCACUGGAGGUGGCCACCCAUGGCUUCAGUCCUGCCGAUCUGGGCAACUACACACAGCAGGAGGCGAAAAUGAUUGGAAACGAUCAGAAGGAGACCGAACGCAUCGACGCCAAAAAUGCCUUGGAGGAGUUUGUCUAUGACAUGCGCAACAAAUUACAGGGUGGUCCCUUGGAACGAUUUGUGGUGGAGCCUGAUCGUGAGGCCAUUGUCUCCCAGCUGAAUGAUCUCGAGAACUGGCUGUACGAGGACGGUGAGGACUGCGAGCGUGAGACUUAUACCAAUCGCCUGCAGGCGUUACACCAAAAGACCGAUCCCAUCAAGGUGCGAGCCAACGACUAUGACCUUUGCCCGGCUGUGUUUGAUGAGCUGAAGGCCAGCAUUGCCAACGCUCGUCUAGCUGUGGCCGAGUUCCGCAAGGGCGUGCCCAAGUACGAUCACCUCACGGAGACGGAGUUCAUCAACAUUGCCGAGACGGCGGAUAAGGCACAGAAGUGGCUGGACACUAACCUGGCCAAGUUCACCCAGUCGCCGCGCACCGUCGACAGUCCGGUCCAGGUUUCGGCAGUACGCCACGAAGUCCAGGCUCUUAACGUCUGUGUUAGCUCGGUGAUCAAUCGUGCGAAACCGAAGCCGGCUCCGGCCAAGACGGCGACGCCGCCCAAGGACUCUGAAGCGAAUGCGGAACAGAAUGGCGGUGAGCCAACUGCCAAUGCCGGCGAUAAAAUGGACGUGGACAACAAUGCCCAGAACGCCGCCUCCAGCGACCCAAACAUGGACGUCGAGUGAGCUGAUUGAGCAGCUGGCUUCACGGCAUUCAACGGUAUUGGCUAACGAUAAUGAUAAUGAUAAACGUAAUGAUAAUAAUAACGAUAACUUUAACGGUAAACAUAUAUGAAAGAACAUUUGUAUAUGCACUUGCUUCAGGACUAGCAGAAAAUAAAUGAGAAAAAUCCAACAGAA